GUCGUCCCUUGGUUUGAGUCAUCAUGGGAGAUGCCACAGGACCCACUGAAAGGUUUCAAGAAUACCUAAGGAUUAAAACAGUCCAACCACACCCAGACUAUGAGGGUGCGGUGCACUUUCUGCGCGGCCAGGCGGAGGAGAUCGGUCUCGAGUGUCGCGUGGUGGAACCCCUCAUUGGCCGGCCGGUGGUGGUGAUGAGCUGGCCGGGCUCCGAGCCCACGCUGCCCACGCUGCUGCUCAACUCGCAUAUCGACGUGGUGCCCGUAUUUGAGGAAUACUGGGACUACGAUCCAUUCAGCGCCUUCAAGGAUGACAAGGGCGACAUUUACGCCCGCGGCACCCAGGAUAUGAAGAGUGUGACCAUGCAGUACCUGGAAGCGAUCCGGGUGCUGAAGGCUCGCGGGUUCCAGCCACGGCGCACCGUCCACCUCACCAUGGUGCCCGAUGAGGAGAUAGGCGGUGUGACCGGUAUGAAGGAGUUUGUGGCCACGGACGAGUGGACCCGCCUGAACGUGGCCUGCGCCCUGGAUGAGGGAAUGGCCAACCCCGGAGAACAGAUGACCGUCUUCUACGGCGAGCGACAUUCCUGGAAGGUGGAGGUGACCUGUCUGGGCCACACGGGCCACGGCUCCCAGUUCCUUCCAAACACGGCUGGUGAGAAGCUGCGCCGCGUGCUCGACCUGUUUCUGACGUACCGCGGCGAGCAGGAGCGUCUGCUGGCCGCCCACCCCGACUGGAAGCUGGGGGACGUCACCACUGUCAACCUGACCAUCAUCAGUAAGACGGCGCCGGAUGAGUUCGAGGUUCUGGUGCGCGGCUGGUGUAAACAGGCCGGAGAGGGAGUCACUUACGAGCUAACGGAGAAGGAGGACAACCCCGACCUGAGCCCCAUCAGCCCCGGUCACCCGUGGUGGGCGGCCUUCACGGCGGCACUGACCAAACUGAACGUGCCCGUGUGCCCGGAGAUAUUCUCGGCCGGCACCGACAGCUGCUUCAUACGACGG